CCCUCAACCCUCUCCACAACCCUCUCCUCAGUCUCACCCUCCUCCUCCCCACAAACCCGCAACGCCCUAAACUCCACGCUCAUCUUCGCACAGCACGAAGCCGGCACCGCAGUGCUAGUCCACGCGUCGGGCUGGGCACUAACAUGCGCGCACUGUUUCGGGGAAGAUGAGGUGGAGUAUGAGGCUGGGGGGAAGAGAAGAUGGAUGUUGUUUUAUAAUGGGGACGCGGUGCUUGUUGAGUGUCGGGUGUGGGAUGCGGUGCGGGAUUUGGCGCUGUUGAGGAUUGUAGCUGUUGAGGUUGAGGCGGGUGUGAGUCGGGGAUCGGGAGUAGGAGUGGGAGGGAAAGAGAGGCAAACGCCUAAUUUCUACGCGUUAGAGUUAUAUACCGGGACACUGCGGUACAAGAUGCGAAUCCUGUGUAUCGGCCAGCCCGGCCGCGACGAUCUAGAGAGCAAGGCGGGGGGAAAGACGCCGUACGAUCUUGUCGAGGUAUCGUCGGGGGUGUUUCGGGGGAUGGUGGCCGGGGCAGACGUGCAGGAUAAUGGGGAUAUAGGGACGUUGAUGCACGAUGCGUGGACGUACUGGGGGCAUUCGGGGGCGCCUUUGGUGAGGGAGGCCGAUGGGAGACUGCUGGGUUUACAUUCGUCAUGGGAUGAGGAGACGGGGAUGAGACAUGGUGUGCCGGGGGCUGCUAUUAGGGAAUUUUUGAGGAUGCAUCUGCCGGUUGCUGUUGGGGGGAUGACGGAGUGUACGGCUAUUGAUGUUGAUGCUUUGUGA